UCACCAUAUAAAUCCAACACCCACCACUCUCAAACUUCACCACUCUCUUUUUUUUAUUCUUCAGACAUCAAUGGCUGCUGUCUUAAAGCUUCUCUUUACUCUCUUCUUUUUCACUUCUCCCAUUUUUGUCAGUUCAAGAACCUUAACCUCAAAAACGACAACUCUUCUUGACGUUCAGACCUCCAUUCUUAAAACCAAACAUGUUUUCGUCACUUCCGCCACUAAAACGACACGGGCUCAGUCGUUUAGCCUACAAGAGACGACCGUAGCUGAACCAGCCUCCUCGAUUCUAACCAUGGAGCUACAUUCUAGACCUUCGGCUGUUAAAAUUAAACACACAGAUUAUAAAUCACUAACCUUAUCUCGACUCGAGCGUGACUCAGUCCGAGUUAAUUCUAUCAUAACUCGUUUAGAUCUCGCCGUUAACGGCAUUUCCAGCUUCGAUCUUAAACCGAUUGACACUGAGUUACAAUUGACAGCUGAGGGUCUCCAAGGCCCCAUUGUUUCGGGAACGAGUCAAGGAAGCGGUGAGUAUUUCUCCCGAGUCGGAAUCGGUAAACCGGCAAGUCCAGUUUAUAUGGUUAUCGACACCGGUAGCGACGUUAACUGGAUACAAUGCGCACCCUGCGCCGACUGUUACCAUCAAGCCGACCCGAUUUUCGAGCCGGCUUCUUCAUCGUCUUACUCUCCUCUUUCUUGUGAUACCAAACAAUGCCAGUCCCUUGACGUGUCUGCAUGCCGUAACAACACGUGUCUCUACGAGGUCUCCUACGGCGACGGGUCGUACACAGUCGGCGAUUUCGUCACUGAAACUGUCACUCUCGGCUCGGCUUCCGUUGACAAUGUAGCCAUCGGAUGUGGUCAUAACAACGAAGGAUUAUUCGUCGGAGCGGCUGGUUUACUCGGACUCGGCGGCGGCAAGCUUUCUUUUCCGUCACAGAUUAAUGCUACGUCGUUUUCAUAUUGUCUCGUGGAUCGUGACUCUGACUCGGCUUCUACUCUUGAGUUUAACUCGGGUUUACUUCCUAACGCUGUUACCGCUCCGUUAUUGCGCAACCGUGAGGUCGAUACUUUUUACUACAUCGGAUUAAUGGGAAUAAGUGUCGGAGGUGAGUUGCUACCGAUUCCUGAGUCAGUUUUUAAUAUUGACGAGUCAGGUAAUGGAGGGAUGAUUAUCGACUCGGGAACCGCUGUGACUCGGUUGCAAACGGUGGCGUAUAACGCUUUACGGGAUGCUUUCGUUAAUGGGACUAGGGAUUUGCCCGUUAGUGAUGAGGUGGCGUUAUUUGACACGUGUUACGAUUUAUCUCAAAGGAAUAGUGUUGAGGUCCCUACGCUGUCGUUUCAUUUCCCCGGCGGGCGGAUGUUACCGUUACCGGCUAAGAAUUACCUGAUUCCGGUUGAUUCUGACGGUACGUUUUGUUUUGCGUUUGCUCCAACGGCUUCUGCUUUGUCGAUAAUUGGGAAUGUGCAGCAGCAAGGGACACGUGUAGGGUUCGAUCUGGCUAAUUCACUUGUUGGAUUUGAGCCUGAAAUAUGCUAAAGAUUUGAGUAUUUAUUUCAAGUUUAAAUGUAAAGUUUUAUAAGGAAAUGAAGGGAAAUAUGAAGAAGGAUCUGAUAGUAGCCGUUACAUUCUAAAGCUAUUUAAAAAAGAGGGACGUAAUAUUUCAUAAGAAAAUACAUUAUAUUAUAUGCUAUUUCAAAUGUAUAAUUUGCAUUCUUAAUUAAAGGAUGAAUUGAGGGAGAUAA